UGCUUUGAGCAUGUGAAAAACAUAGAACAUAAUAUAUGAUGAUUUCUUUUUUUUUAUUUGUUAAUUCGUAUGAUGUUUGAGCACGCGUGGAUGAGUCUGGCGCACUAUUUUUUGUAAAACAUAGCUUCCGGUUAAUGGUGUUAUGCAGGUAAAUUAAUGUUGUAAAUGGACGUAAUGGAGGUGGAUUUCACCGAGAAAAUAAAAGGAGUUUUUGAUGUUUGUGAUACUGAAGGAACUGGAUUUAUAACUGUAGAUCAUCUGAAAAGCUUAGCCAAAGAACAUUUUGGAGCUGAUAACGAAGAGGAGACUGUGGGUAUCAUCCACCUCCUUGACCCUGAGGGCAAGGGCAAGGUCAGCUUCCAGGACUUCUGUGCUGGUGUGCAGCAAAUCCUUGAAGUUCAAGCAGCCUCAAAGCAGUCAACACCCACAAACACUGGGAACCAUACAGAUUUCAUCAACUCAUUUCUCAUCACUCAACAUUCCACACCUGAGACACAAGAUGCAUCGGAAGCAAGUGCCUUCACAUUUAACGAGUAUGACACAAACACAGAUGAAGAUGGGGGCCAGUUGUUGAUAGACUUCUCAACUCCCGAAACUACCCGUCGUAACUUGUUCCCGACGUCGUCACAUGGUCACAGUAGUGGAAGGUCAUCAGUAACUAGUAAAACAGAUGAAGAAAAUUUCGAGGAUUAUGGUGCUGUAGAUCUCGAGUCUGACUCCUCAGAUGCUAAUUUAUCUUGCGACAGUAGCCAUAGGUCCCGCCUUCGAAGUCCUCGAAAUCGACAUAAAGGUCCAAACAGAAGAAUAUCAUCUGCAGUGUAUGCUAGUCACUUAGCGCGGGGAGUAAGGAGUCCAAAUGAAGACAUUUAUGAUGACAUAGAUGGAAGUUUCCAGGAGCUCACAGACAGAAUAAAGUAUUUAGAGAAGCAGGUUGUAAAAGUGUCAGAUGAGAAAACACGCGAGGACAGUCUUAAACACAGAUAUAAAGAUGAAAACAGUAUUCUUAUCAAAAGCGUAGUGGACAGGAUUCACACGCUGGAGGAGCAGCUUAAAGAUAUGGAGGUCAAGUCUGAUGAGCGGGUGCGGGUAGAGCAGAAAAAACUGCAUGACCUUGUGUCAAAAAAUAGCCUAGAGAAUGACAAAGUGGAAUACCUCACAAUGAGGCUGCAGAACUUUGAAUCAGAAAAUGAACGCUUGAAGACUGAUGUCGUACGGUUAAAGAAUGAAAAUGAUAAAUUGAGAAUGGACAAGAUGGAGGUCAUGGAUCGACUGGCGGCCAUGGAGGAAGAUUUUAAUCGGGUUUCGGCUGAAUACAACGAAAUGAUGUCCAAGUUUGAUAGGGAGCAAAUUAUCACAGGAAAUCCUGCUUCGGGAAAGCUUCUAGAUGAGCUGCAGAAGGAGUUGGAAGAUCUACGGCGGUACAAGAUUGACACUGAACACCGGCACGGGCACAUGGCUCGAACACCCAGUCUGACAGACUCUAAUGGCUUCAUACUGCACGCUGAGAUGCAGAAACUGAAAGAGACAUUAUGGGAGGAAUGGAGGGAAGCAUCCCAGGCCAACAAGCACCUUGCAGAGGAGAAUGAGGAGCUGAAUGCCCAGCUAUUGGCCCAGACUGUACAGGAGGGGCGGCAUAUCAUGCAGGAAGGAUCCUCAUUGGCCGAGGAGCUCGACCACAUGACCAAGGAGGAGCUUAUGAAGUCCCUGAGAGAGCAACAGGAUGUGAAUCGAAGACUUUCUCAAUAUGUUGACAAAAUCCUGUUGACAAUUUUAGAAAAGAAUCCAUCUAUUUUGGAGAAAAAAUAGCAGUCAGUUGGUGAUUGAACUUAAAGUAAAACAAUAGGCAUAACAAAUGCCUCACUGUGAUAUGCCAGACACACAUGUUGAAUACAACACAAAGAAGUGCUUAUGUGUGAUAUAUAUCAAACUGUGGUUGCAGCAAUAUCUCGGAUAUCACCGACAUUAGAAAUUAUUUAUUCAGCAUCAUUCUAAUGUUAUAUAUGUUAGCCCAAGGUAUGGCAGAGUGUGAUAUACCGUUACAUCAACCAGAGGUAGUCACAGAAAUAUCACAGAAUCUGCAGGCAUCGGAUCAUUAAUUAGAAUGUGAUGUGCUUAGAUAUCACAUAUAUAUCACAUGACUGUCAAAGUUGAUUUACAGUCUGGAAAUGAUGGGGUUGCAUGGUGUACAAUUGCUCAUGUGAAGUGACAGCCAGGCAAUAAAAUAGGAAACGAGAAAAUAUUUGCACUGUCUCCUUAAAAUGCUUUUUUGUGGCAAAGUUCAAGUGAAGAUAAUAUUUUUAACUUUUAGAGUUCUUGGAUUUUCACAACAAUAUUUGACUGUUGCGACAAUGGGUCUUAUGCCAAAUUAACAGUAUUUAUCAGUUUGGCGAGGAGCUACCUGUUUGCUAUGAGACAAUUGGUCUUAUGCCAAAUUAAAGUCACACAGGGUUGGCAGAUAGGCGGUAAGCGGAUAGGUAGCUCCUUACUGGACUGUGUGAAUGCCCUUGCUUAUCUGGAGCUAAAUCUGCUAUAUAUGGCAUAAGAACCUCCCACAUGAUGGGCGUAAUGUCAGAAAUUCAAGAUGUUGUUAAUUUGAUUUUCAAUUAAAUGUUAUUUCUGACCAUAUUCAAUGAAAUCUUGUUAUUUACUUGACCAAAUUUAUCAGAUGUAAAUUUGUAAUAUACUUGUUUAUUUAUGAAGAUUUUGUCAUGCAAAAUGCUGCUUUUAUCACUGAUGCAUAUCGCUUAAGAUGAAAAGUAGCAUGCUUUUAUUGUGAUUUUUUUCCAUCUGUUGUGAUGUUAAAGCAUAUCAGUUGUUUUAUGCUUUUCAAGAUAAUUAGUUUUUAUAGUGUAUUUUACUGUUAGACUACAACCAUUUUAUACUGAAAUCAUUCCACUUUUUGUUUGAUACAUGCUUUGCCUUGUGUUCACUGUUAUUUGCUGUAAGUGUGUAAUAUUAUAAUUAUGUUGUUAUGCAUGUUGCAAACAAAUGUCAUAAGUUUUCAGAGAUAUGUUUAUAUAUGAAAUCGUGUAUUUUUACUUGUUCUCUAAAUUUUCAUCAACUAAUACUGAAUAAACAAUUGUUUUCAUUUUUUGGUUUGCAGUUUAGCCUAUUUGGUACGUGUUCAUUUUUUGUUUGUUCAUUUAUGAUGGCAUGUAAGACUUUAUGUAAUUGUUUGUGAUUACCUUUUGUCCAUCUUCAAUCAUCAAUAUUUGCCUUGUAGACACUCUAUAGGCAGCAUAAUUUGCCCAAUCUCAAUCAAACGUGGUAGUAACAUUUGUCCAAGUGAUCUCUCAUCCGAAUUAGAAACUGGGUCAAUGGGCUAAAAAAAUUGGUAUCGAAGUCAAAUUAAAGAAAAGUCUUGAGUCCAAAUUUAUUGCCAAAUCUUCAAAAAUAUGAUGAAAUCAUUUGCCCUGAUGGUAUUUGGGAUGAGUUUUAUACUGGGUCAUGCAGGGUCAACAACAAGGUCAAAGUAAUGAAAAUCUUGUGAACACUUUAGAAGCAACAUUUAUUGCCAAAUCUUCAUGAAACAUAUUCAGAACAUUGGCCCCAAUGAUAUGUUAGCCAAGUAUAAUAAAGUCACAUGGUGUCACUUGAUGUCAAAAAAAGGCUCAAAGGUCAUAUGAAAGAAAAAGCUUGAGAACACUCUAGAGGCCACAUUUAUUGCCCAUUCUUCAUGAAACUGGGUCCAAACAUUUGUUCCAAUGAUAUCUUGGUCCAGCAUGAAACUGGGUCACUUGGGGUAAAAAAAAGAUCAGUCACAAGAUCAAAUUAAAUGAAAAGCUUGUGAACUCUUUACAAACAAAAUUUAUUUCCAAUCUCCAUGAAACUUGGACAAAACAUUUCCCCAAAUAGUUGCUUGGCAGAAUUCAAAGCUGGGUUACCUGGGGUCAUAAACUAGAUCAUUAGGUCAAAUUAUAGAAAAAGCUUUUGAACACUCUUGAAGUCAAAUUUGUUUGCACUAUCAUCAUGAAACUUUCUCCGAGUAGGAUAUGGUUCCAGUCCAUUGACAAACUUUGCUGCAAUGAGGCAGUCUUUUGUGAACACUACAUUCUCAUAACAGAUAAGUUCCUAAGGGUCUGAAGGGAGCAACUUAAGGCAAGUGGCCCUCUUGUAAUAAUCAUGUGGGAUUGUGUUAUCAUAUAAUAUAAGUUGUUAAUUAAAAAAAUAGCAAUAACUACAAAAUUUGUUUAUAAAUACAGAUUUGUUCAAUGGGAUAUGAUAACAUGUGGUUAUUUAUCACUAUCAACUUGUGUUCAAGCUUUAUUGCAGUAUAAUUUAACGUUGAAAUUGAUGAUCCAUAGACGCUUGACUACAAAUCUGAGGAUUGUGUAAGAUCGCUUUCAUGGCCACAUAACUUGUGUGGACAUAGGUAAUGCAAUUAUAAAGGCCCUUGUACCUUACCUCUGAAUAAAGGUAUUAACUCAAGUAUGUUGCUAGUGUGCCUUCCUUGAAAUGGCCAGUUACUUAGCAAAUAUGUGAUUUGUAAAUAAUUUGAAUUUAUUAAGUUUUUAAGUUUAAAAUCUCACUUGGGUUGAAAAUAUGUGAAUUCAGUCUAAUCAUUAAAUGUAACUCUAAAGUGACUGAAUAUACAAGAAAAGAGGCUACAUGUUUUUGUAGCAAUUUCAAAUUAUUUUGUAAUUUCCAUCUACUAAAUAUGAUUAUUUUAAUAUAUUUUUUUAAUACAACCAUGAUAAAUAUGAAUUAUUGUACAAUAUCACUUCGAGUUUGAAUUGUAUGAAAAGGGUUAUUAUAUAAGUGGAAAUAUAUUUAUUUUGUAAUAAAUCAAAAUAGUUCCUUUUUUCAAACAAGAUGUAUGUUUUUGUCAUGUUAUAUGUCCUUUAAUUACAAAAUUAAAUUGAUGACAGUAAUAUUUAGUAGUAAAAGAUGUCUUUGGUUUGGUAAAAUAUUGAAUUUGUUUCUUUUUACAAAUGAAAUUCAUACAGCUUUGUUACAGUCAGCCUAAACAUUUAAAACACAUAUAAUAAAUCAUAUAAUUAUAUCAUAAUAAAUUAAUAAUAGCUAAUGCCCCAUGAAGUGUACUUGUCAUUGACAUAUAGAUUAUCGUACAAUCCUCUUGCUAUUCAGUUGUAAAAAAUGUUUUUAAUUAAGGUUAACAAGGAAUUAAUCGUGGUUUGUGGUGAUACACUCCUCAAAUAUUUACUUUACAAUUUAAACUGUUUUUACACUUCUUUGUGUAAUAUUUGUUCAUGAAGAAAUAGUUUUUUUUGAAGGUGGACAAGCUACAGUGAUUUUUUUUACCAGGUUUUCCGAAGGAAAAAACUGGUUAUUAGAUUGGCGAAUGCGGGCGGGCUGGCUGGCUGGCUGGCGGGCUGGCUGGCGGCCGGGCGGGCGGGCGGGCGGGCGGGCGGGCGGAACAAGCUUGUCCGGGCCAUAACUAUGUCGUUCAUUGUCAGAUUUUAAAAUCAUUUGGCACAUUUGUUCACUAUCAUUGGACGGUGUGUCGCGCGAAAUAAUUACGUCGAUAUCUCCAAGGUCAAGGUCACACUUUGAGUUCAAAGGUCAAAAAUGGCCAUAAAUGAGCUUGUCCUGGCCAUAACUAUGUCAUUCAUUGUGAGAUUUUAAAAUCAUUUGGCACAUUUGUUCACCAUCAUGGGACGGUGUGUCGCACGAAAGAAUCUCCAAGGUCAAGGUCACACUUUAUGUUCAAAGGUCAAAAAUGGCCAUAAAUGAGCUUGUCCUGGCCAUAACUAUGUCAUUCAUUGUGAGAUUUUAAAAUCAUUUUGCACAUUUGUUCACCAUCAUGGGACGGUGUGUCGCACGAAAGAAUCACGUCAAUAUCUCAAAUGUCAAGGUCGCCACGACUAAAAAUAGAUUUUUUUUAAAAACAUACUUACAAAGGGGGUUAAUUUUGUUUGUUCUUUUCAAAAGUUCAGUUUGAGUUUCCUCCCUUUAUCAGAUUUUUUUUUCACAAUGAAAACCUGGUUUUGUGACAAUUUUGUCCCUUGUUUAAAUUUUAUAACAAGAAAAGUUCCUUUUGUAUCAUUACCCUCUCUUGCAUCAGGAUAUUGAGGGAACAUGAACUGAAAACAAUGUUAUUUCAUCUUUUGUAUAACUUAUUUACUGUUAUUAAUUUGACAUGUGAAAUAAUUUUGAUGGUCUUGUUUAGUAAAUCAUGUUAUUUGGAACAUGUUGAACCUUUUUACUCAAUACUUUAUCUACCAGUGAAAUUUCCCUUUUAAUAUGUCUUUGUCAUACUCCUUUUUCUAGUCAUUUGAAGGUGUUGUUUUUUCAUAUUACUUUGUUGGGUUAAUAAGGUUAUAGGACAAACAAUUCACCUCCCUUGGUUGUAUAUAAAACUGAAUUAAUUUAAAGAUUGACAUUUUCAUUUCAUUUUCCAGUAUAAUCUGUAGAAAAGGAAUGUGCAGACAUCUAAAACAUAGGGUAUAGGUAAUAAACCUGUUAUAAUACAGGUUCCAAGUGUUAAGAAGGUUUUUAGAUAUACAAUGACAUUUUAGGUUAGCCAUUUAAAACUUUGAUGCAUUAAAAUGCAAACUGGAAACUUAACUUUGGGUCCAGACUACAUUGUUAGAAUAUCUCCGAAAUAUGUUAUCCUUAAAGUGGUACUGUAUGUUUUUAUAUCAACAUUAUACUGUACAUUGUUCAAAUGCUGUUGCUAUACUUUUCAACAACUAAAAAUUAAUUGUUAAGAAUAGCCUAUGUUCAGAAAUUAAUACAUGUACAUUAGUACGUCCUACAAAGAAAACAGAAAUGUUAUGUCACUAACCAUGAUUGCUUGUUGGUGCAUUUGAAGUUUCAAUAAUUUAAUUCAAACCAUAGGUAGAUGUUGAUAUAUGACAAAUUGAUCUGAAUUUACAUAACAUAAAGUUGUUGCUACAAAAUAAUUGAUAAAUAAUUGAUAUUAACUGUUUUGCUUAACAUAAAGCAUGAUUAUACCCCCAUUACCAUUGGUAAUGGGGGCUAUAUAGGAGUCACUUUGUCUGUCGGUCUGUCCCAAAAUUUCAUCCGAUCUUCACCAAACUUGGUCACAAGUUGUAUCUAGAUGAUGUCUAGGUCAAGUUUGAAUAUGGGUCUUGCCGGGUCAAAAACAAGGUCACAGGGUCACUUAGUGCGCUUUAAAUUGAAAGUUUGUCCGGACCAUAACUAUGUCAUUUAUCGUUAGAUUUUAAAAUGACUUGGUACAUUUGUUCACCAUCAUGGGACAGUGUGUCAUGCGAAAGAAGUAUGUCGAUAUCUCCAAGGUCAAGGUCACACUUGGAGUUCAAAGGUCAAAUGCUUGUCUGGGCAAUUCUUUGUGGUUCAUUGUGAGAUUAUUUUAAAAGUAUUUGGCACAUUCGUUCACCAUCAUUGGACGGUGUGUUGUGCGAAAGAAUUUUGUCAAUAUCUCCAAAGUCAAGGUCACACUUUGAGUUCAAAGGUAUAAAAUGUCCAUAAAUGAGUUUGUCCAGGCCAUAACUAUGUCGUUCAUCGUGAGAUUUUAAAAUCAUUAGGCACAUUUGUUUACUAUCAUUGGACGGUGUGUCGCGCAAAAGAAUAAUGUCGAUAUCUCCAAGGUCAAGGUCACACUUUAAGUUCAGAGGUAAAAAAUGGCCAUAUAUAAGCUUGCCCGGGCCAUAACUUUGUCGUUCAUUGUGAGAUUUUAAAUUUAUUUGGCACAUUUGUUCACCAUCAUUGGACGCUGUGUCGCGUGAAAGAAUUACGUUGAUAUCUCCAAGGUCAAGGUCACACUUAGUUCAAAGGUAAAAAAUGGCCAUAAAUGAGCUUGUCCUGGUCAUAACUCUGUCGUUCAUAGUGAGAUUUUAAAAUUAUUUGGCACAUUUGUUCACCAUCAUUGGACCGUGUGUUGCGCGAAAAAGAAUUAUGUUGAUAUCUCCAAGGUCAAGGUCACACUUUGAGUUCAAAGGUAAAAAAUGGCCAUAAAUGAGCUUGUCCGGGCAAUUACCAUGUUGUUCAUUGUGGGAUUUUAAAAUCAUUUGGCACAUUUGUUUACCAUCAUUGGACAGUGUGUCAUGCAAACGAAUUACGUCGAUAUCUGCAACGCCAAGGUCAUACUGUGAGUUCAAAAGUCAAAAAUUGCCACAAAUGAUCUUGUCCGGGCCAUAACUAUGUCAUUCAUUGUGAGAUUUUAUAAUGACUCUGUACAUUAAUUUUGUUCACAGUCAAUGGACGGCGUGUCAAUGCAGCAUGUGGGGGUAUACGUCACAUCUGUGACAAAGCUCUAGUUUGAUUUAUUGGUAAUUAAUACAUUUUGUAUUUUUUAAAAGGCCAAUAGAUAAUUGAAGUUGUAGUUUUUAAUAUAAAAGCAUGUUUUGUUUGUUCCCUAUCAAAGUUUUGAAAUAAGUCAUGAACAAGACAGUUUAUGAGAGAGAGAGUUUCAAGUAAUUGCCAUUGUCAUGAGUAUCUGUUGAUUGUUACUGCAUUCUAUACGCUAUUUUUCUCAUUGAACUUGAUAUUUCUGUCUCAAAAGGCAUCUCUACCAUGUGAUACUGUGUGUCAACCAGUUGUUAUUGUAUGUUCAUAAUUUAUUGAAUAAAAGUGUGGCAGUAAACAGAA